AUGAAUCAUCCUCCGUCAACAGAACCCCCAUUGGCCGAUUACUUUUGGAUAGCGGGUAUAGACUCCAUCUCGUAUGGGGAACACCUGGACCAAGACUCGAAGCCUACUAGACGGAGCUUCGCAGAGCAGUUGCUGGAAGCCAUAGAAGCUGAGGAGGAGGUUCAGGAAGCCUUUCUACAAGCGCCUGCUGGUGUGUCGGGGAAGCGGAAUAGGUCACCCACAACAUCAAUCGGUCUUCCCUCACCCCCGGGGGGGGAGGAGCCUCAGGCAUCCCCAGCCGCCCCGUCUCUGGGCACCCAGGGAGGGAGCAAUGAGGUAGAAUGCAAUGAGGGAGGAGGGCCUUCGUCCAGAGCUGCAACUCCGAGCAAUUUGAUGAGAAAUGGGUCCAAUUCGAGUAAUUCGACAAUCACUAAUGCCAACGCUGGGAGUCAGGAACGUGUGGCUGCAUUUAAAGGGAUGACGGAUCAGGACUUUGAUAAUGCGCUCUUGAAGUUUGCUGCGGAGCGGGAUAGCUUUUUGGACGAAUUGUCAUUUAGCGCGGGUACUGUUGUGCCGAAUAAACCAGUCAUGCACCCCCGAGCGCAAAGGGUAGUGAACGAGGAUAUAAGCUUGCAAAAGACGGGAUCGCUGAGAAGGAGGAUUUCCUUGAGGGACUUGACAUCAAUGCGGAGGGCUCCGUCGGCGGUCAAUAGAGCUUGUAAGGAUUGAUUCUUCCUGGUUGGUAGGGUUGAAGGUUUUUUUUUUUCAAGGUUAAUUAACGAAAUUUCAUAUAUAUACGCAGCAUCGAUAAGGACGGCACGGAGGAUGUCCAAUUACAAUUCGGUUAUUCCUACGCCACAACCUCUUAAUUCUUCGCCCAAUAUGCACCCAUUGAAACGAAAGUUUGAACCGGUACUUUUGGAUCGGUAUCCACCUAAACAUCUGACCGAAGAAGCCAAGAGAAGAGGGCCAUUCCCAGAUUAUGUUCCGAUGUUUGCAUUUCCGAAUGAUGUUAACAUAGUUUCCGCGGAUGAGAGACCAAGAUCCACCUGGCAUGGGUUUGUACGUUUGCGUAGUGGCUCCCUGCGCGUUUUUUGUGAGAUUGAGGCUCAUAUGUGUUACAGACUAUGACUGGGGCUGAUAACGCUCGCCUCCACGGUAUAUGUGUUACUAUGUGGAUCCCACUUAACCCCAAAGCUGCUGAAGACCUGGAGCGCAGAUGUGAGGAAUGGAGGAGGGAUAACAUGACGGACGAGGAGCGGGAGCUAGCUACUAGUUUGGGCGAGAGGUAGUAUUUCGGUCUCACUCUAAUAUGAUAUUUUAAUGUUGAUGAAUUACUAGGCUAGCAGCGGAGAGAACUAAGCUUUCCAAAUUAUUGGCAAAGUUGCCUUCGGUAGUGUCGGAUCCAGUCAAGAGAGAGGAACUGGAUGAGGAGAUCGUUGCCACAGAGGAGAAGAUCGGUCUUAUGGCCGAUCUGUUGCGGCCUGUUCGUCACGGUGCAGCUUCAAAAAUUGAAGGAUUGACCGAUGGAGAGACUGGGCUCUGGAUUCCACGCGCUUACGGAAUAUUGGGCAAGGAUGCUUCUCUCGUGAAUUUCUGGAAGGAAUGGCUAAAGGCCGUGAUCGUUCCCAUGACGAGUGGUGCAAUCCAGAGAGUGCCAUUGUCAUCGCCGCGGAUCGGAAUCUGGCAACCGCUGGAACGGUAUGUACUGCUUCCGCUUCUCGGCCGGGGUUAUCACUGAUUGAGGAUAGAUACGUCGUGAACCUAUGUUCCGAAUCUCCUGCACCGGACCUUUCCAGGACACAGGUAGAAGUGGCUGUAAGGGAGUUGCGGAUGUAUGCUAGAAAGGAAGCGGCAAAUGAAUUGCCUGGAUCCCGUAAUGUGAUUAUUCCGUUUUAGUUCCGGGCUGGUCUAGAGCAGCUUCUGAUUUAUUUCUAGACGGAUCUAUAUGCCCUGUUUAGGUCAUUGUCGCUCCCAAAUGUUGUAACAAUGUUUGAGGUGGGUCCCGCAUCCUUAGUCCUCCGGUAGGCUAUUUCUCACGAUUUUCACAGUUUGCCUUGGCCGAAUCGCGUAUAAUUUUGCUAUCAUCUCAUACUUCUAUGCUGCACAUUGUGUCGCGGACAUUAAUCAAUCUGAUGUACCCGUUACAGUGGCUUGGGAUAUACAUUCCAGUGCUUCCGGCGCGUUUAUUAUCGGCAUUAGAGGUAUAACUUUGCUCGUUAUUUUUGAAUUGUCAAAUACUUACUUGUAAUAGGCACCCUGCCCCUAUAUCGUGGGCAUUGAGCGGAGGUAUGAGAAACUUGAGCUCCCUGAGGAGGAUUUCGUUUGCGUCGAUCUUGAUUCGGAUGUUAUCAUUUCCUCGACCCCACCAGUUCUGCUCCCGAGGCAACAGAGGAGGAAGCUCCUUUCCUUGCUGCAGCUUGCCGCUCCACACCAUAACCGUUAUGGUGUCCCCGUUGGUCCUCCUCAGUAUGCCAUUGAGACAUUCCCUCAUAAUAUGCUCAUGUCCGAGAAUGCGGGGAUAUAUACGCCCAAUCCUCACCCAAGUACCCUUGCGAAGCUGGUAAAUUUGAAUUCGACAUCGUUCGGAGAUGCAGCUGUAUCAGAUUUUGCGCCAAGGGCCUUGGUUUUUAACGCGUUCUUGCAAUCUAGGGCGGAAAAUCCCACUCGGACAGAUAGGCCCGGCACAAGUGGAACUAUGAGAGGAACCUCGCCACCUUCGCCCCAUUCGCCAAACUCGGCAGUUCACCCACCCCAGACUGGCAAUAGUACUGGCAGAACAGAUACCGGAUUCACACUGACUGCAACCCUUCGCGGAAAGAGAUCCGGAAAUUUCGAUGCUGCCUCUCGGCGUAGCUCCUCCUUCGGGUUUGAACGCACACCUACACUCCGAAGGCCAAGUCUGCCGUUUGCCCACCACUCCCCUUCGCCCUCAACCUCUUCAUUGGGGACCGGGGACAGCCACUCAAUCUUCAACGCAUACCCACCUUCAGUGUUUGCACCUUCUACCCUUGCUGCAUCAACUAUCAUGCCAAGCAUGCUGAUGCAGCCUGUGAGGAACACUGAUACCACCAAAUGGGUUGAGGGCCAUUGUUUACAGUGGAAGCCUGCUGAUAUUGAAUCGGUGUGCUCGAUAUGCGAUGAGAAAUCAGAUGAAGGGAUAUAUAAAUGCUCCAGUAAGUGGCCUGUAUGGCAGCUCUAAAUUAGCAAUGCUAAUGUGCUCCGAACAAUUAGACUGUCGAGUAAGUGCACAUGCCCGUUGUUCUUCUCAAAUAGGGCUACCCUGCCCUGCUGCCUUCCAUUCCGAUCAAAUCCGAGCAGCAUUCGUUAGGUGUUUCGCCAGUUUGUUCUAUACCUAUAGGAAAUUCCUUGGGCCUGCAACCGGUGAUGGGAAGAAGGCCGGUAAUAUCUAUAGGUUUAAUAUGGAAGGGUUCUUGAAGAGCAUGCCUCAGGAGAACUCAAUGUUCGUCCAGAUGCUCGAGCAAACUCAAGCCUUUAGCGAGUUUAUUCAUGAUCGGGAAUCGAAGAAGGCAUCUGAUCCUUCAAUUAAGUUAUUUGACGAGGUUAUAUUGUCAAAGAAGAAUCGCGGGAGGUCUGGAUUCUUUUCGAAGUCGAGUAAGUUCUUUCUGUGGCUAGCUGUGCUGAGGGGCUUACCUGACUGGUGGUCGGUCUACAGGUAUCAGUUAUCUACAGGAUACUUCGGAACAUAUAUGGCAAACCACUGGAGCCAUUUCUAUCGGAUCUAGCUCUAGACAUCGCUCAGAAGCUACGGUCGCAACCAACAGAAGUAUGAUACUCCACCAAUGCUGCUUCUAGCAUUGUUAAUCUAACUUUCUUGUUUUAGUGCCAGCCAAGCUUGAUCCUACUUUGAUGAAAGAGCCUCCGAGACCGCCGAAACAAGUGCCUGUGAUUAUUCAUGGGGCUGGGAGGAGGAAGGGUAGCAGGACAACCCCAAUCUUGCAAAUAAAUGGGAAGUGAGGCUGAAAAUAUCUUGAUAGUGUUAUAUAAUAUUUUUCUUCCCCUUUCUUCGGUCUGCCAUAUUUAUCUUAUUGUAUCUUUUCUGUAUCGAUUUUCUUUUUGGAACUGGGUGUCUGGUGUGGUUGAAAGUUUCUUUUGCUUUCCCUUUUAAUCUCUGUAGCUUCUCUCGCUUCUGUUGCGCGUUUCGUGCGACCGAUCUGUUGGGGGGUUUCUUUUUCUCAUUUCAUUUCCUCGAGGGUUUGUUUAUGGGGAAGCCGGUUUUCCGGUGUUGUAAGAUUUGUCCGUGCAUAUUCUGGUCACUGGUUUGUGAGAAAUUUAGUUCCACAAGGCCAACAUAGAAAGAGAACGAAGUUCGGUGGUUUAAACUUGAGCACUUAGUCGGGAUAGCGGAGUUAAUAGGAAGUCGAGUGAUGGGUGAUGGUCUGAUAUUGCUAUUCCUUAUUGUUUUAUAGCAAUUUAAUAAUGCCUUGG